GCACCUGCGCCUCGGCGGGCGGCCUGGGGCACAGUCCCUGGCCCGCCCGGCCCCGCCAUGGCCAGGCCACAGAGGACUCCUGCACGCAGUCCCGACAGCAUCGUCGAGGUGAAGAGCAAAUUUGACGCCGAGUUCCGACGCUUCGCGCUGCCCCGCGCUUCCGUGAGCGGCUUCCAAGAGUUCUCGCGGUUGCUGCGUGCGGUGCACCAGAUCCCGGGCCUGGACGUGCUGCUUGGUUAUACGGAUGCUCACGGCGACCUACUGCCCCUCACCAACGACGACAGCCUGCACCGGGCCCUGGCCAGUGGGCCCCCGCCGCUGCGCCUGCUAGUGCAGAAGCGGGAAGCUGACUCCAGUGGCCUGGCCUUUGCCUCCAACUCGCUGCAGCGGCGCAAGAAAGGGCUCCUACUUCGGCCAGUGGCACCCCUGCGCACCCGGCCACCCCUGCUAAUCAGCCUGCCCCAAGAUUUCCGCCAGGUUUCUUCAGUCAUUGAUGUGGACCUACUGCCUGAGACCCACCGACGGGUGCGGCUACACAAGCAUGGUUCCGACCGCCCCCUGGGUUUCUACAUCCGAGAUGGCAUGAGCGUGCGUGUAGCUCCCCAGGGCCUGGAACGGGUUCCAGGCAUCUUCAUCUCGCGCCUGGUACGAGGGGGCCUGGCUGAGAGUACAGGGCUGCUGGCGGUCAGUGAUGAGAUCCUCGAGGUGAAUGGCAUUGAAGUGGCUGGGAAGACUUUGGACCAAGUGACGGACAUGAUGGUUGCCAACAGCCACAACCUCAUUGUUACUGUCAAGCCAGCCAAUCAGCGCAAUAAUGUGGUGCGUGGGGCAUCUGGGCGUCUGACAGGGCCUCCCUCUGCUGGGCCUGGGCCUGCUGAGCCUGAUAGUGACGAUGACAGCAGUGAUCUGGUCAUUGAGAACCGCCAGCCUUCCUCUUCCAAUGGGCUGUCUCAGGGGCCUCCAUGCUGGAACCUGCGCCCAGGCCGCCUAUUUCCUGGUGCCCGCAGCUCUCUGCCCUCCCUGGAUGAUCAGGAGCAGGCCAGCUCUGGCUGGGGGAGUAGCAUGCGAGGCGAUGGUAGUGGCUUCAGCCUCUGACAGGCAAGGAUGCAGCCCCUUAUCACUCCAGGGUUCUGGGACAUGGCAGGGACUUUCCCAGUGGGGGUUUUUAGCUUGCUCAUAGGGCCCUCUCAGUCUGGGGAACAUUAAAGGUUUUCUACAAAUGCAGUCAUGGUCCUUCUGUGUCCCAGCCCCAGCCUCCUCCCUGAUCCCACAAUCUUGA